UCGGGAGUGACGGGAGACGAUUUUUCGAAGAUCGUGAUACUGAUAAGAACAUUUUAAAAAACUACUUUAACCAUUGAAUUAGGUCUUUGAAUUCAUUAUAACCUCAAAAUUGAAAAUUGAGAUUCAACUCUUCGGAUAAAAAAUAAAGUAAACAAUUCUGGUUAUUAUUUUUCGACUCGAAAUAUCUCACCAUACGUCGCACAUCAUCUCCCGAUAUUUUUCUUGUUAAUUUUUUACUUUUAUAAUAAUAAAUAUUUAACGGUAUCUGUAGGGAUUUUAAAUUGUUGGAUAAGUGAAUUGAGUGGACAAUCGACAAGUUGGAUUAAUCCGAGGAUUUUGUUGGAUCAUUGAGGUGUGUUUCCAGUUUGUGGCAUCUGUCGAGGGUCAUCCCAACCCGGAAGCACUUUUUAUCGUAUAUGCAUAAAAAAAAAUAACAAUAAGUGAAGCAAGAGGAAAUUGCAUAUUUAUUUUUCAAAGUGAUGUUAUGACAUUUUUUAUGAUUCAAGGAUAAAUAUUCUUUUCCGAUCGUCUGGCACGCGUUACCUCGGGGCUUUUUAAACACCCUAAAUACCACAUUAUAAAAACCACCCUGCAACCCCUCAACAGUGGCCCCAGUGCCGUGUAUUCAUCCCCCCAAGAUAAUCACCCAGCCCAACGAUUCACUUCUCAAAGCCAAAGAUGGACAUAGAGGUUCAGGUGGCCCUGAAUUUCGUGAUAUCCUACUUGUACAACAAACUACCACGUCGCCGAGUCAACAUAUUCGGUGAGGAAUUGGAAAAGGCCCUGAAGGACAAAUUCAAGGGUCACUGGUACCCCGAAAAGCCCUUCAAAGGUUCGGCCUUCAGGUGCCUCAAAACAGGUGAUCCAAUCGAUCCAGUGCUUGAACGAGCCGCCAAAGAGUCUGGUGUACCAAUCCAAGACAUUCUCGAGAAUCUUCCAGCUGAAUUGGCUGUCUGGGUUGAUCCCGGUGAAGUUAGCUACAGAAUCGGUGAAAAGAGUGCCGUGAAGAUUCUCUACUCAGAGUCCUCGGACCUUCACGACGAGAGUUCAGCUGAUCGUGAGGUCACCAAAACCUUCAACCCCGAGGCCCAGUGCUUCAGACCGAUUGAGGCCGUUGGCACGUCUCUAAGCGGUCUCAGCUUGAGCCCAAAAUCCACCUCACCAUUUCCAUCCUCACUGGGCAGCAGUGCCAGCAAUGGCUCGUCCAAUAAUCAACAGAAUGGCCAUGCAUCCGGGUCAUCGUCAGCGCCAUCGCCAACACCAAUCACUAGCACCUUCAAGGGAUCACCGAGUCCUGUGCCGGCUUUUAUACCGAGGACAACAGCACCGCUGACCUUCACCACGGCGACCUUUGCUCAGACCAAAUUUGGUAGCACCAAGCUGAAGACCAGCAGCAAACGGGCAAACAGAAUGUCCCCAACGGAAUUCUCCAACUACAUAAAACAACGAGCGAUGCAACAGCAGAUUCAUCAUCACCAUCAUCAUCACGGGCCCCACCAAUCAGCCGGUGGUCUGCCUGUCUCGCAGAGCUCACCGACAAGUCGUUCACUGUCACCAGGUGGUAUCGUUGGUCAACCACCUCAGCAGCAGCAACAGCAGCAAGGACAGCCCCAACAGCACACAGAUCCCAGCGCCUACUUCUUCCCAGGUCCUUAUCAUCCACAAUUCUCACACCGCAAUAUCUUCGACUCGUCGAGCCACGCUGGCUAUUUGCCUGACCUCUAUGGCGCUAAGUUUCCGUCAUCCUAUCUUGAUCCAACUAUUGGACAUCAGUUCUAUGGGGGUGUGUCUGGUAGCUCUCAGGCCAAUAAUCUUGGCCCUGUUGGCUCUGCUACUUCUAAUGGCGGUGGCACGACACAACAGGAUAAGAAUAAUAUCGUUGAUGGGUUGAAUAACUUUGGGAUUACAUAUCCUGCCAGCCAGUAUCAACAUCUACUGGUUGCUAAUUAAUAUACUGGCAGCCUGGCCCCCAAUUGUCCAACUCGUCUCUCAUCAGUCGUUUAAGUCAUUAAAGGUUCAUUGAUUAUUUUUUCCUAUGGUUUUUUUAGUUUUUGGGGAGGUUUGAUAGUGGAGGGGUCCAACAGGAUGAGUUUUUGGUGAAAUUGGGUGGAUAAUGGCGCUUGAAGGCUCUGGAAUCACUUUUCAAACUAUAUCAGUUUGAAUUUCCCGCCGAAUUUUCAGUGGCCAAUCAGGGCUGCUGCACUCACUCCUCCGGGAUUCCCAGUGCUCACGAGAUAUCCGCGUGGUGGUUCUCAUCAAUGGAAUACGGAAAUGGACUUUUCGUCCAUUUUGCAUUCAAUUUUAUUCGAUUGCAUUCGAGAUAUCGAUUGAUCUCCCUGGAGUAAAAUAUCUUGGAAUCUAUAGGAGAUAUCGGAAUUUUGAUGAGAACCUUUUCUGUAGAGCGAGAUGAGUUCUACAAAAAAGAUUUUUACGAAAAUUGCGCCAUCUCCGCUAGAUUCUGAGAUAUCCCCCAAAACCGAAAAGCUCAUCCUGUUUUACCACUCGAGUGAUAAUUUUUUUUACCAAAAAUUUUUUUAUAUUUUUUUCCUCGUUGGAUAUGGAGACACGUGUGGCCAGGUGUCCCAAAAUUGUUCCAUAAUUUUUUUUAUUUUUCUAAAUUAUUCAUUUUUUUUAGAAGAACACUUUUGGGCGAGAUUAUGAAAUUUAAUUGAACGGAAUGACAAAAUUGUUUUUCGAGGGAGGGAGAAUACACAGAUGGAUUGACAAAUGUGUAAUAAUUUAUUUUUUCACUGGAAUAGAAAAUGAAAAAAAUGAGGAGAGUAUAAUAUAUCUGUAGAGCCUAUGUAAUUAUAAUUCAGAAAAAUGCACUCACUUCAACGGGUUUAUUCAUUUGUGGAACGGUAUGGGAUAACUGUUGCGUUUUAUUUUCAAGAAUUCGUUGGGGAAUUUUUCUUCUUUUUAGGAUUUUAACGUGAAUGGAGUUGCUCUCAUACCGUUGCAACAAAGACUCGUCCUUUGGUACGAUCUUACAUUUUAUUUUUAUAAACGAGAAAAUAAUAAAUUCAUGUAGAUGUGUAGGGUACAUGUGGGCUUGACGUGAGGUGUCAAUUUGUUCAUUUUUUCAUUUCACUUUUUUACAAAAAUCUUGAUUUCUUGAACUUUGGAAAUUCAAAUUUUGGGAUUUUUGGCGGGAAAUUUUUUUCAUCCGGCAGCCCGGGACAUUUCCAGUUCGAAACACUGGUGUGAACCCAUAUUGCCCCGCUGGUUAUGGCGGAAUGCAAAAAACAAAAAGUCGAUGUCAAAUCGUUUUUUUGGCUGUCUCAAAAUCUCAAACUCAAGAAUCCCCAAAAUCGAAGGCCCCUUCAAUUCCCUAAAAAAGUUUACCAAAAAAGUACAAAAUGCUUUAAAACUCACCUCACGUUGCGUUCCACCCGCGAUUGCAUAAUUCCAUUGUCACCGAAGAUCUCCGGCAAUGAAAAUGCAAAAGAAAAACAUAAAAAAGGUGCCGGAAGCUCAGGCACCAGGUGCUAAAGUAUUAAAAAAAAGUGGGCGAGAGAAGCCCGAUAGAGAGAAAAAUUUUCCACAUGAAGAAUUAACGACUGGACGACAAAGAGAAAUGCAAAAUGAAGGAAAAAAAUUGCCCACAUUUUUUUUCGUUGGCGCGGGGGGUAAAAAAAAACACGCGAAUAGAGGCAUAAAAUUAUGGGGACAGAGAGACACCGCAUUACCCUAGUUUAAUACCUAAUUAAAAACUUAAUUGUAACUAUUAAACGAUACGUACGACUGUGGUAGCUAUGCUAGUACCUGCUAUUGUUAAACAAAAAUGAAAAUAAAAUCGAGAAAAUUGAGAUGCAGAGGACGCAAAAAAUUUUCCCAGGCAUUUUCGUUUGUCGAAGAUGUUUCACUCGAUUAUUAUUGAAUUAUCCAGAGGUUUAAAUGUUGAAUGAAAAAUUUUCGUGAUUACAAUUUUUUCAUUGAUGCGGGUCGAUUUUAUUGAAUAUAACGAGAAUCAAACGGAUCUCGAGCGAGAUUACGGGCUUGGGUGUGGGAAAGCUAUGAAAUCAAACUUGAUGUAUGCUCUUGGGGGAAAAAAAUGAUAAAGUUAAUGAGAAAUUACGUCAAGAUGAGAAAUUCAAAUUUCACUCGCGGGUUGAAUUGACUUCUUCCGACUUCGGGAGCACACAAUCACCCCGGAAUUGAAGAAAAAACGGUCCGUUUUGCCCCAGUGGUUUAGGAGAGAAUGCAUUUUUCGCCGAUCGCUUAUCGAUUUGUAGAUCAUUUUUACAACUUUGGCUGUAACUGACGUACUACUGGGGCAAAAUGGGUUUUUGUUUUUCCAUUGGAUAAAUCGGAAAAUUUUAAUUGCGAUUGAAAAAAAAAAUUAUCCAUUUCGGCCCAGUAGAAGAGGAGAAAAUCCUGUUUGAAGUUUUCAUAGAUCUUUGAUCGAUUUGUAGAUCAUUUUUACGGUCUUGUUGAAUGGGUGCUCUAUUUCUGGAAAUUUCAUCGAAAAUUAAUGAAAUGCUGAUCCAUUCCAGCCCAGUGAUGUAGCCAAAAAUUACGAAUCAAUUUUUCGUAGAUCAUCGAUCGAUCCCUAGAUUAUUUUGACAUUUUCAAAACGCAUCGUUUUUUUUUAAAUUCCGCCUGAAAUUUUCCGGUCCAUCCACUGGGCUCACUGUCGACCCCAAAAUCCCAAAAUUCAAUUCAACCCAAGGGUCAAACUCAGAGUACUACAUUGAAGAGACAAAAAAAAAAUUUAAAAACAUAGUAUUAUAAUGUAUAAAACAAAAAGAUAAACGCAUAGUUUUCCAACGCAUUAACUGAGUGUAUUUGUUAAACGAGAAGCAACAAAAAUCGAGGGGACACACGAGUAAAAACCUAAUAAUUAAACUAAAAUAAAGAUUUACCAAAAAAAUCGUUUCUCGCAUGUACCCAGCGGGGGGAUCGAUAAUCUGUCUUUUUAAAAAUAUCAAGUGUUUGUCAAGAACCUAGUGGAAAAACCCAGAAAACCCAAAAAAAUAUCGGUAUUGUCUAUUAAAUAAUUGAUGAAGCAAAAAAAUUAAAUAAAUUUAAUCGACUCAGAGGGAAAAAUUUAUCGUGAGUUGAGUGAAAAAUUCAUUGCAGAUAAUUUACCUAUUGAUUAGAUACGAGACAUUACACGAUAUAUAUUCUUAUACUUAGCCCGAGUGACGAGAACGAGAAUUUUUUUUUUUUUACGAGGGAGACAGGCAGGGUCAAUCUAAAACGAUUAAACACGAAACGAGAAAAAAAAAAUUAUCUGUUUUUCGCAUGUAAAUACGAAUUAUCGCGAUUGCAAGCGCCAUCUCGCUGACAUUACGAGAACCACAUUGAAAACAAAAUGGCGGAACUGACGAUUGAGUGACAAAAUGGCGGAGUUAUGGCCGAAACAGUGGCGGAAUGAGACGAAAUAAAAAAACGAGAAAAUCACAAAGAGAAAAAUCACCAAAAUAUACAUUACGAGGGGGUCGCGUGACGCCUGAAAAUACCUUGAAUGAUCAUGAAAUAUGUGAAUGAUUAGAUUUGUAAUUAUUAUAUAUAUUUUUCAAUACCUACUACAUGCUGUAUGUGAAACAAACAAGAUGAUGUUAUUAUACACAUUACGCUAUUAAUUGAGUAAAUAAUGUAUAGAUCAUUAUAUGAGGACACGCAUCGGUAGUUGCGCGCACCUUCCAGAGUGCGGGUUAUCACGUAGAAGGUGAACGAGUGCAUAGGCUCUUAAUUAUUAAUUUUUUUCAUUGACAUCUGGAGUGAGAGGAAAUUUUAUCUGUGAACACAACCUGAAAUUGCCAACAGGGGCCAGGGGGAUGGGGUCGAAAGUGACCUCAUCCGAAAGAUGGCAAAAUUUCAUGCAGAAUAAAAAAAAAAUCGUCCAUUUUGUUCCAGCCGUUGAGGAGAAAAUCCCAAAUCAAUUUUCUAUCGAUCAUUUAUCGAUUUCCUAGAUCAUUUUCACGUUUUUCACUGUAACUCGGGUUCUAUGGGAGCUAAAUGAAUAAUUUUUUUUUCAUUUUGUUGAAAAUUUUCCCACCUUCUCGAUGCACGGUCAACCCCCCACCGCUCCCUCGUAGCCCAAAAAAUCCCGAAAAACAAUGAAAUCGUCUCACUCCAGAUGACAACGGUAUCUCAUGUAUCUUAUUACCCUACGUUUCAUGUGAUUGUACCGAGUAAAGAGCGUGAGCUCCGAGCCCCUCCCCUUUUUUUACUACCCCCUUUAUUUCUACAAGAGAAAACCCACCCCCCAACCCCCUUUAUUAUCUUUAUAUCGAGUGUUUGAAAAAAAUGAGUGCAUGAAAAAACAAAAAAAAUUAAAAGAUUACUCCGGAGCUUGCGCCCACUUUUCUUAUCUAAAUUUCUAACGACAUAACAAAAAACCGUUUAGACGAAUUUAUUGUACGAAUUUUGUAUAGCCAUAAAUCAUAAAAAAACCCAUUAGUUUUUUUCUGCAACUUCAUCAAUGUUUUAUCCAAUCAAUUUUUAUUGUAACCUAGAAAAUUUAUUGUUUUUCUUUCCUUGUAUUUUUGUACGAUAAAGAACAUUAUAUUAGUUAUUGUUAUUUUAUUUUUCAUUUUGUAAAACACACACACACAUAUAUAUAAACAUUAUUAUAUAUUCACCGCUCAGAUUGGGCCAAUUUUUAAUUGAAAAAAAAAUUAAUCAAUUAAGAAGAAAUGAAACUUAUUGAUUAGGAUAAGGAAUUUUUUCAUAGUUUGUUAUUGUUGUUUUGUAUGAUACUUGAUUGAAAAGUUAUUAACAACUGGACACAGUGAAUUUUAUCGAAAUACGUCUUUUUUUCUCUUUUUUUUAAUGGAUUAUUUCAUUGUGUUCAGGGUGUUAUGAUUAUUAAUACUAUAUUUUUGUUAAUAAUACAGUGAUUUGAUAACUGCA